AUGAAGCUGCACUACAUCGGCAUCCUCCGAAACGAGAGCCAGCCCGCUCACGAGAUUGUCGCUGAGAAGGAGCUCAGCAGCUACUCACGAUUCACACGAAACAACUAUGGCGAGUUCAUGACCCUUUUCGCAAAGACCGUCGCCGAGCGCACCCGUCCCGGCCAGCGACAGGAUGUCGAGGAGCAAGACUACACCUUCCACGCUUACGGCCGCACCGAGGGCGUCUGUGGCAUCAUCAUCUCGGACCACCAGUACCCUGCCCUCGUGGCGCAUCAACUCCUCAGCAAGGUCGUCGACGAGUUCCUCUCCAAGAACCCCCGAUCCGGCUGGGCCAGCGGCACACCCACCCUCGUCAUGCCCGAGCUCAAGGAGUACCUCGAAAAGUACCAGGACCCCCAGCAGGCCGACAGCAUCAUGAAGAUCCAGAAGGAGCUCGACGAGACAAAGAUUGUCCUCCACAAGACCAUCGAGAGCGUGCUACAGCGCGGCGAGAAGAUUGACGACCUGGUGGCCAAGAGUGACGGCCUGAGCGCUCAGAGCAAGAUGUUCUACCAGCAAGCCAAGAAGCAGAACUCGUGCUGUGUUCUGAUGUAAUGAAUCAUUUCGUUUUUCCGGCGUUGAACGUGGCUUCUUUUCAGCAUACAUGGGAAUGUCGGUAUUGAGAUUGGUUAACUACCUACCUAUUCGUGCGGCGCAGAUACUUUCCAAUCGUUUUCGUCCACCAUUCGUUCGCGGGGCCAUGUCGUUUCGUUACAAGCUUAACUAGACUUUUUUGAUGUGGGGCAAGGGAGGAAAUCAUCCACACAUCUCAUAACAUCACAUCAACUACGCGUGGGAGCCUCGGCGGGUAGAGUUGCUAAUGAUGGGAGAAUCGUGCCUUGUAUUUCUUUUAUAUAGUCCCAACAAACGGACACAGAGAUGAAGUUGAAAAAAAAAAA